CUAUCUGGGUUUCAGUACAAAAAAAGAUGUCAUUAAAAAUAUUUUAUGAUGCAAUGUCACAACCAUCGCGAUCUGUGCUUUUGUUUUUGAAAUGCACAAAAAUACCAUAUGUACCUGUUUUAGUUGAAAUUGCAAAAGGUGGCACAAGAACAGCAGAAUAUAAAUUGAUUUCACCAUCGCAAAAGGUACCUGCUAUGCAGGAUGGAGACUUCUUAUUAAUGGAAAGUUCUGCCAUUCUAAAGUAUUUAUGUGAGACAAGAGAUGUUGAUAGUCAUUGGUACCCUAAAAACCAAAUGGAACGAAGCAAAGUUGAUGAAUAUUUAGCAUGGCAUCAUUUAAACUUGAGAAGUGGUGCAUCUGGGAUUGUUUUUAAAUCUAUCUUUAAACCCAUGUUGACUGGCCAGCCUCCUUCAGAUGUUACCUCAGAGCUAAAACUUUUUCAAAAGUCUUUAGAAAUGUUUGAUUCAUAUUUUUUAAAGAAUACAUUAUAUAUAUCAGGCAAUGAAGUUUCUAUUGCUGAUCUUUUGGCUUUGACUGAGUUUUCACAACUAGAGCUGUUAGGUGAAAAGUCUCCUGCAUUGACAGAUAAAGUUAAAGAUUGGAUGAAUCGAUGUAUUAAAACAACAGAGCCACAUUAUUCUGAUGUUCAUAAAAUUCAUCUGAAAUUAAAAAAUAAAUUACUAUCUCAACUUUAGAGAUAUUUUUUU